AUGUUUUCUGCGUCAAAAAUCACUUUGCGAUUUGUUUUCAUAAUUUUGAGACUUCAGAUUAUAUUAUUUAUCUUCAAGACUUAUUAAACAUUACAAAAAUGCUUGAAAAUAGCACAUAUUCUGUUAAAUGGCCGAAAGUUAUUGGCAACACAAAGAGGUAUCGAGCAUCGUUCGGGCUAAAGUCGUUCAUGGAAGGGGAACAUUUGAUUGUUUUUAAGGGCAAGGCGUUUAGUCAUGAAGAUUAUAUUCCGAGGCCUGUUGUUGUGAAGAGUAUGAGGUACUUCUGUGGAAAUAAAGAUGACUUUGAGAUGUAUAAACUUUGCAACGAACAAACCCGAAUAUUGGCCAUUCACUUCAACAAACUAUCCGCAACUUUUUCAAGCAAAAAGAUGCAAUCUACAUUUAAGUUACGGUUUGUUGUUGCUGCUGUUACGCAAAUCGACACAAGAUCUACCUUAGCCUUGGGCAAGAAAUUUAAGAAAGAUGAAUAUGUCGCCUUUGAGGAAAAGCUUGAAGGAAAGUUUACAACUUUUAUUGACAAGCGGGGAGAGACGUUGGAUAGAAAUAAAUGUUGUUUGAUUUUGGAGGCAUUCAGCCAUUUUUCUUUUGUCGUUUCUGGAGAAAACUUUGUUAUUUGUGGUCUCAAAGGCGUUUAUAGAGAGGACAAAUCAGACUUCAUCCUAACCAACCCGACAAUACAUUCGAGAGAAGGUAAAUUUGGUCAGAAAGACAAGCGAGACCCGGGAAUAAGAGAUGUUACAAAGAACCAUACUUGCAAUAAGUUUUGCCAAAUGUUUAUGAAGAAACCAUCAACAUUUGACAAUGGCACAAGCGAGAUAUGAAUGAAUCAAAUACAGCUCAACUCUGUACAAGAAGAGGGUUUAUCUAGAUAUUGAAUGCAGCAACACCGGAAAACAAGCAUCAUACAUCAGAGAAGAACAUGGAUACACUGUUGAAAACGUUGAUAAAUGCUUAAAAAGCCAUACUGACAUACAAACAGGGACAGUCUGUAAAAUAGGCAUUCGUAAAUGACGAAUCACCUUUGUAAGAUCAGUAGGUUGGAGAAGCUGGCAUUAAAGUUCACAUAUUGUUUUGAGAGGCCGAUGUCUGAAUCGACAGUGGUGUUAAGUUUUGUAUUUUAAGUGAAGCUAGUUGGGAGAUGUGAUAUAGUCGUGGCUGUGAGAAAAAAUAAACGAAUGGACAUAUGGAUUGACAAAUGGAAUAUUUAAUUGAAAGAGGAGUUUCAAAAGAAAAACACGGUUUAAAUAAAAAAGAUAUGUACCUAUCAAUUUUGAAAUGAAAUACAAAAAAAUUACAUUUCACAUU